AGGAACACAGAUGAACUCGUUCCGAAAUUGUUACUAACAAUUUAUUUUUAAAAAGUUUUGCAAAAAAGUGGCUUAAAAAGUAGAAGCAGAUGAACAGUUUUAUUCCUGCUGCAAAAAGCGAUUACAUAUACACGACGCCUAAGAUUUGUACUGAAGGCAAAACUGGCAGCGUCAGAUUUGGAGUGGAGCAUGAAUGAACUGGAUCUGUGGUUGGCAGAAUGUUGUGAGUGCAUGCACAUGAUAAGGAUUCUGAGAUAUACAGCAAGUACUCAGCUCAACAAUCUGUAGUGAGGGUAGACUGCAGCAAUGUCACUUGGCAAGACUGUGUCACCCCCAUCCUGGGUUUCAAAUACUGAUGAUCCGGAUACCCUGAUUACUGUCAUCAAGAAACUGUCCUCAGACCUCAAAAAGAGCCAGGAAGAAACAAAACAUGCAGAGGAUCAAGUAGCAUGUUUGGUAUCACUCAUCAAGCGAUCCUGGCAUGGAGAUAAAACAGCAACGUUACAUUUAGCAAAUGUUAUUGGUGUUUCUUCACCAAAGAAUCACGUUGAGUCCAAUGGCUACAUGCAGCCGUCCAAAGCUGUACGAAGUUGGGAACGACUGUGUCUGAAAGUUUUGGAACAAGAGUAUGUGCGCCUGGAAAAUGAGAUCAAAACAAAACAGAGUUUACACUUACGAAAUCGUGAGUUGUACAUGGAGGAAAUACUGAGCAGCCAUCAAGAUGACAUGUCACGAAUUCCUUUUCAUCGAAACAACUCAAUGCAGUCUGUAGGACACUGAAGACCAGUCCCUUCAUGUACAUCGGCCACAUAAUACUAAGUCGAGUACAGCAUGUCGGUCCAGCAGUGCCAACAGGUUGCGACAACGCCGCCAGCUGCCGAAGGGCCCUCGUGAGGUUGUCAAGCCUGCUGAGGUUCAUGUUUCAGACUUUUUCAUGCAGAAUGGACCGACAGAUGGAAGUAGCGCUGCUUCUAAUAAUGUGAAUAAAGGAAUCACAGGUCUAUAUCAGUUCAGCAAGGAAAAGCAAAGUCAGAGACCAGAAUCUGGGCAAUCAGCACUCAGCUAUGAUGACCCCAACAGAUAUAAUCAGCCGAAGCUGUUUGACACUCGCCAGGUGGUCCAGCAAACAGCACAGAGAAAAUCCCGGCCUUUGAGUGCAGCCAUUCCCAGAGAGCGUGGCAGACUCAACAUGCGGCCCAAAAGUGCAGGAAUGCAACGUCCUGCGGAAGAAAAACAAGUAAAUGCACAGGAAGCGACAAAGUUUUGGGUAAAAACAACAAGAAUGCGCCCGCCAGUUCCCAGACUGAACCUGGAGGACACACAACCUCAGCCGACCUCAACCACAACGUUUACAAUGCCCCGGGAGGACAAGGUCACCUACCUGCAAAACCCCACUGCAGGAAGCAUACACUGCAGCCGUCAGAGCACAAUGAGUGACACAGACAAUAAAGACCGUUUCACAGAGGAGUAUCAGAAACCAUCUAUAACAGUUAGGAUUCGCUCGGCGGUCAAGCGACCAGAGUAUAUCAACACAUUUGCAAGGGAUGAGCAAAAAAUGGCCGACAUGGAGGAAGAGUUCAGAAAAACAACACUAAAACUGCAGAAAAAGUUAGGCAUUGAGAACAGUGGACUUAUCUAUUGAUCCAAGCUGGAUGAAAAUCUGAAUCGAGAUGUCAACAUGAUACACUGUUUUAAACUCCUAGUCUUAUAAAUGGCAUCAGUGACAGUGAAGAAGUAAAGGCCUUUGCAUGCAAUUUUAACUGUUUACACUUAUAACUGUUUAACUUUCUAUCCUCAUGCCGGGACCUUUAUCUUGAUGAAAAGUUAAAAUUUUACAUAAAUACCUUUACUUCAUAAUUAUUAAGAUGUCAGCUGACCUAUUUUAAUUCACACAUUCAUUUCAUAACAGCAGAUGUGAACAAUACAGUGUUGUCAUGGUAGCCUCAGGUGAUAUUGGCCAGAAGCAUGAGUUGAGUAGAGAGAAGUUGUUCAUUGUGAAGUGUCAGGCCAGAACAAUACAGUGUUGUCAUGGUAGCCUUGUGAUAUUGUCCAGAUGCACAAGUUGAGUAGGAAGAAGCUGUUCAUUGUGAAGUGUCAGGCCAGAACAAUGUAGUGUUGUCAUGGUAACAUCAUGUGAUACUGCCCAGAAGCAGGAAUGGGGUAGAGAGAGACUGUUCAUUGUGAAGUGUCAGACUGGAACAAUACAGUGUUGUCAUGGUAACAUCAUGUGAUAUUGUCCAGAAGCAUGAGUUGAGUAGAGAGAGACUGUUCAUUGUGAAGUGUCAGGCCAGAACAAUAUAGUGUUGUCAUGGUAACAUCAUGUGAUACUGUCCAGAAGCAGGAAUGGGGUAGAGAGACUGUUCAUUGUAAAAAGCCAGGCCAGAACAAUACAGUGUUGUCAUGGUAACAUCAUGUGAUACCGUCCAGAAGCAGGAAUGGGGUAGAGAGACUGUUCAUUAUAAAAAGCCAGGCCAGAACAAUACAGUGUUGUCAUGGUAACAUCAUGUGAUAUUGUCCAGAAGCAGGAGUCAUGUAGAAAGAUACUGGAAAUUGAAAAUAAAUUUUUCCAUACAUUGAAAACUCUGGAAAAUCAAGUUUUUUUGCUUUUUGGUCAUAGUGCCUUGAUAAGCCUUGAAACUGAGAACUAACUUGGCACUCAUACUGUCGGCUGAUCUAUAUAUUCUCUGAUUUUUCAGCCUUUUGAACUGCCUCUGCGACCAAUAUUUUCAAACAUUCUGAGAGAGCUAUGAGGUGCAGAGAAAUAAUUUGCACUUUUAUGAAGCUUGCAAAGUCUGGCUCAUGGAUCACACAGCUGUCUCAGAUUUAGUCUUAAUAAAUUUGUCGUAUAGGUACAACAGAAUCAACCUGAUCUUAGACUGUGUAUGUACAUGUAGAAUGCAGCAUGUUUCCCAGCAUGUUUAAACUGCUCCAUGCACUGCUGUGUAUAUGACAAGUUCAGCUAAUAGGAUGUAUAGCUGUAGAAUAUUUAUUCCAAGUAGGUUUAAAAUUUGGGUCUAUAAAAAGCCUGAAAAUUUGAAAUUGCCUUCUUGUAUGGAUACUGAUUAUUGUUUAAUGAUGUCAGUUGAUUGAAAUACAUGCAUUUAUGAUACCUGGUCCAUUCUAGACACAAUAUAAGACAUCUAUUGUCUUCCAAAACUUGCUGACAAGAGCUGUUCUUUACAAAUAUAGGUUUGUAAAGAACACUGGUCCAUUUACAUACAAGUUGUCAGUUUGUGAUUUAGUAUAGACAGUUGUACUCAAGUAAUCAUACUUUUAUUGAAUUAACUGCCUCAUGUUUUGUAUUACACUACACAGUAGGUGAAGUACGGAAAGUCAGUCAGGGUGCUGGUUUUGUUCUUCACAGUCCCAGUUUACUCAGGUGUCUGUUUGUACUUUUUACACAGUACUGUAAAAUGCUAGAUAUUCCCUAUUACACUGGAACUUUGAUAUAAGCUGAAACUUAGUGAAACAUAUGUGAACAACUUGGUUUAGACUUAAGCGAAACUGCAGGCCUCAAGUUAAGUUUAUUUCAUUGCAAAAGUCUAUCGAUUACUGGCAACUCACAAGGUUUCCAAACCAGUUUGUGCAUGGUCACUCAUGCACUGUCCGUCUGUAAGCAGCAUUGUUAAGUGGUGAAGUAUUGACUUAUCAAACAUUAUUUAGUGGUUUGAAAUGUUUAUUAUGAACCAGUUGUUAUCUGGAUGCACCCAGAAUCUUAUUUUUGUGGAUAAAGAGGGGAUGAGUAGGCCUGUGGAUUUUCUUUUAUGUAUAAACUAUUUCACACUGUAAAU